GCCAUGUUGAAUUGCCUAGAUAGAUUCUUGAGGAAGAGACAAAAGAGUGACAACUGUGUGGAUUUCUCGAAACAGUAUUAACCUUACAUAAAUGAACUGUCGAUAGAAGCUCAAACAACGAUGAAACUCUGAAGACUUUUUGUGGAUGUGGCAUACUGAAGCAGAUAACUUGGAUUCACUGUUGAUCAUCAAUCUCAACGCACUUUGCAAACUGCCAUCAAAGAAAAAACUGGAAAAAGAAAACCACUGAUAUCAAGUUUGGACUGCCCUUAUUAAGGAAAAUAUAUUUUGAGCUGAUAUGAAGCUAAAGCAUGGACAUUUAAAGACUUUUAGAGUUAAAGGAACAAGUCAAAAGAAAAGUGACUAAGCAGAUGAUUUUUUGUUCAGCAUUAAAUUGAAUGUAGGAAAAAAAAAAAACAGCAUUUGGACUUGAAAAGCCAAGAUACUUGAACACAACAUUAUAUCAUAGCAGGGAUGAGAAUACUUUGACAAACAUCUCUGAAGAAAGAAAAAUAACCGAUUGUUUAGGUCACAUAUUUGAGUUAUUUAUUCAUAUGAAUGUUGAUUUCUCCGUUUUUGGAGAGUUGUCUUGUAAAUAGAUUUCAUACACAGAAUUCUUCUGUUUAAGAAGUCUGACCAUCAGAUUGUGUACAUGUUACACUGCAGAAGGAAAGAGACACCAGAAAGUUUUGAACUCUUUCCAGUUUUUUAGUUUGUCUUUACACGCUUAAGCAUUAAACCAGACAGGUGUUAAAAACACAAGACAUUUAACGCGCUGAAGAAAAUUGGUCUCUAAGUGUUAAAGCCAUGGCUACAACAAGAACAGCAAACCCUGCAACAAUGGUUGGAUUGAACAAACCAGCAAAUGGGCAGCUCAGGGGACCGACAAUGCCAGCUGAACAGUCAGGAGUCCUUGAGUCUGUCCAACAGCCCAAUCCUGAGAAGAGGAUGGGCAUUCCUCUGAGCAGUGGGGGCAUCAAGUUUGGUGACGACUGGAAGAAUUGCCUGGAGCUUCCUCCGAAAGAUACCAGGCUGAAAACUUCGGAUGUGACGUCCACUAAGGGAAAUGAGUUUGAAGACUACUGCCUGAAGCGGGAACUUCUGAUGGGAAUCUUUGAAAUGGGAUGGGAGAAACCUUCACCUAUCCAGGAGGAGAGUAUCCCCAUCGCUCUGUCAGGCAGAGACAUUUUAGCUCGAGCCAAGAAUGGCACAGGAAAAAGUGGAGCCUACCUCAUCCCUCUCCUGGAGAGGAUAGACCUAAAGAAGGAUCACAUCCAGGCCAUAGUCAUGGUGCCAACAAGAGAGCUGGCUCUGCAGGUGAGCCAGAUCAGCAUUCAGCUGAGCAAGCACCUCGGAGGUGUCAAAGUCAUGGCUACCACAGGAGGCACCAACCUAAGGGAUGACAUCAUGCGUCUCGAUGAGACAGUGCAUGUGGUGAUUGCAACUCCAGGCAGGAUAUUGGAUCUGAUGAGGAAGGGUGUAGCAAAGAUGGAUAGAGUCUCAGUGAUGGUGAUGGAUGAGGCCGACAAGCUGCUGUCUCAGGACUUUGUGGUCUUGAUUCAAGACAUUAUCAGCUUUUUGCCAAAGGAGCGACAGAUCCUGCUUUACUCUGCUACUUUCCCCAUCAGUGUGCAAACAUUCAUGAACAAGAACCUGAAGAAGCCGUACGAGAUCAACUUGAUGGAGGAGCUGACGCUGAAGGGCAUCACUCAGUACUACGCCUACGUGACUGAGAGGCAAAAGGUCCACUGUCUCAACACGCUGUUCUCCAGGCUCCAGAUCAAUCAGUCCAUCAUCUUCUGCAACUCCACCCAAAGAGUUGAGCUUCUCGCCAAGAAAAUCUCCCAGCUGGGGUACUCGUGCUUCUACAUCCAUGCAAAGAUGAUGCAGGAAUACAGGAACCGUGUGUUCCAUGACUUCAGGAACGGGUUGUGCAGAAACCUGGUCUGCACAGACCUUUUCACCAGAGGGAUUGACAUCCAGGCAGUCAACGUGGUCAUCAAUUUUGACUUCCCGAAAAGUGCAGAGACCUACCUGCAUCGCAUUGGCCGAUCAGGACGUUUCGGUCACCUGGGUCUGGCCAUCAAUCUGAUCACUUCAGAGGACCGCUACAACCUCAAAAAUAUUGAGGAUCAGCUGGUGACCGAGAUCAAGCCUAUCCCAGGCAGCAUUGACAAGAGCCUGUAUGUGGCAGAGUUUCACUCUGUUGACCCGGACGAUCCUGCUGGAGACAAAUGCAUGGACUCUUUGGCAGCCUGAAAGAAUGAGGAACACAGUGCCUGGCGUUUUAUCACACCAUCUCAUCCGUGCUUCAAGCAAGAUUUCAAAUGAAGAUUUCUGUUCUCCACUUUAGACACAUGGUUGUUUUUUUUUUCAGAUUCCUGUUUGAGUUCACAGCCAUCUUCUUUUUUUCUGUCCAGUAAACUGAUAACUUCCACACAUAAAACAGUUACACUUUAUAUCUGAAGACUUGUUAUUGAACCGAGCCAUUUCUUUUCUGGACUUUGCUGUAAGAAUGAAAAUGUGAAACCAAAGAGACUAUAGAGUCCACCUCACAUCCUCAUUGUGCUGUGAGGCUAUGGUUACAUUCUGCUGACAUGGCUUUUUAAGUUGAUGCUUUAAAAGAAUCCCCCCCCACCCCUUCUUUUUUUUCUCUUUUUUUUUUUUGUGUACACUUGGACAACUCUUAGAUUAUCCGUCCCUUCCUUUGCUCACAUGACAGCCUGAAUUAUCCCUGGUAUGGAUUCAACACAGUACUGGAAACAUUCCUUAGAGAGACUGGCCCAUGUUGACAUGAUAGCCUCAUGCAUUUGGUGCAGAUUUGUCAGCUGCUUAUUCACACUACAUGUUUAGUGCUUGACCUCAUCUCAUUGGUGCUCUGUUACUAUUGACAUCUGGUGACUGCUUAUGCCAAGGGAUGUGGCAUGGCACCCUGAAAAGGAAUAGCCGCAGGACAAUUGAAAGACUGUUGCUAUUAAGGGAAGGGUGCUGUUUGAAUGAGUACCCAAGAAGGCAAUAAGUGUGCAAAGAAGGUCUGGCUGUUCCCCUUUGACCUCCACAUUAAUGAGGCUUUUUUUUUUUUUACGCUCUUAUUUUUUUCAUUGCUGUCUUUAAAUCCUGUACACAUGAGUGAAAACAACAGACAAUAAUUCUAAAACUUCACUCUUAUCCUGAUGUUUGGUCGAAGCAGCAUCUGACCAUACCUGCAUGCUUUUGUGCAUGUAGGUUUUCCUAAUAAUUUUGCCAAUCAGUGCAACUGUUCUUGCAGGUUUAGCCACCAUUCCUGCUAAUCCACCAGCUUAUUUGCAGAGAUUUGGGGACACAGUGUUAAAUACCAAGGCAGAGUGUACACAUGUCCUUAAGAGGGGAGCCAAAGUUCCAUGGGUGUAUGAAGUGUUUGCCACUAUUUUAUAUUGAAGGGGUUAUUGCAGUAGUAAGACAUCAGAACUUUACACAGUGACAGUGAUACUAUAGUGCACUUUUUAAAGAACAGAUCGAUUAUUGUAAGAAGUCCGCACAAUGUUUUACAUGUCUGUAAUCGCGUUUAAGUCACAGCAACUGGCAGCAUUUUCUCAGGGCUUAAGAUCUUCAGUAACUAACAUGGCAGGAGGAGAAGUGCCUUAUUUAACAACAUGUUGAAACAGGCCAACUUGUUCAGUCAUUGUAAUGAUUCUGGGUCUUUUCUUCCCUCCAAAGUGCCUUAACUUAAUGCAAUAGCCUCUGCUUUGCCCCUAAUUUUAAUUUUGUUUUGGAGGUAAAUAGCACCCAAACGUUUCCUCAGUAGUUUACCAUUUUAAAGCACAUUACGCUCUGAUAGGAUUUGCAGUUUUCCCUUUAUGUACAACAAUCAAGCCUGUCAGACCUCCUUGUUGUCCGGGUUUCUUGCAUUCUUGUGCGAUAUGACUUCAGCACAGUGUCACAAAAGAUGUCUCAUUUAAAUGUGAAAAAAAAUCCUGUAAACUUUAUUUUUCUCCUUUUUGGAAACUCUGUUUAGUGCCACAAGUGUGUGUGCCCUCUUUUUAAAGGCCUCUGUGGUUGUAAUAUACACUUAAAGUUUUCAUGGCUUACUCUGUAGUACCCUCUGAUGUUACAUUUUGGUUCCCCCUAUUAUAAAGCCCCCCAUUGCAGGUACCACUUGAAUUCAGACAUGGCAAUUCCCAGAAAAAUAUUGAAUAUCAUCUGAGUUGGCUUUUGAGCUGAGAUAAUUUGUCCUCUCACUUCAUGAAUUGAUUUCAAGAUUCUUUGUUAAGGCAGAUAAACAAGAACUUUCUGUUAAGUGUGUCACCAGCGCCUCAAACGAAAUAAAAUCAAAGUGACUAAA